GAGGAGAAAGAGAAGAUAGAGAAGGAACUAAAAGAGAAAGAGGAGAAAGAACUGAAAGAGAAGGAAGAGAGAGAGAAAGUGGCUUUAAUGGGCAAAGAGGUUGCAGACAAGCCUGAGGAGGUAGCAAGACAACCAGAGGAGAAAGCAGACAUGAAAACUGUAGAGAAAGAACCUCAAAAACCUGUGAAGGAGCAAGAGGAAGAUGAAGAAAAUGUGUUAGAGAAAGCAGUAGCAGGAGCAGCAAAGGAGAUCCCAGAGACUCAUGCUGCCAUCGAAUCAGUGGUGACAGUUGAGGACGAUUUCAUCACUGUGGUCCAGACAAUCGAUGAAGCCGAGGAGCCGGGACACAGCGUUCGGUUUUCUGCUCCACCUGAGGGUGAAGCUAUUUGCAUUGCUGCCCAGAAAGAGGAAGAGGAGGAAGAGGAGGAGUCUGUGGAGUUGGCCCAAGAAGCAGACAUGGAGGCUGCCAGUCUAGAGGAGGUGGCUGAUGUUCCUGAGACCCCCGUCUCCCCUGAGAAACAGGCUCAAACCAUAGACACCGAAGGACCGACAGAAAGCUACGAUAGAGAUGAAACCACAAUGGACGACUCCAUCCUGGACAGCUCCUGGGUUGACACACAAGAUGAUGACAAGAGUAUGGCGACAGAGCAGAUUGAGCCUUUGCCAAAGGUUGCCAGCCCAGCCAGAAAGCCUGCUGUAGUCCAGAACAAGCAGACACAGCAGAAGACAGAAAAGCAGGAAAAGCCAGUUAAACCAAAGGCCAAAGGAGGGCGGCCUAAAGGCCGAAUCUCCACACCAGAACGCAAGCCUGUCCGCAAAGAACCCGUUUACAUCCCAAGAGAGGAAGUCAAGAAGAAAAAAGUAGCUGUGAUAAGGAAGACAGAGCUUACCAAAAAAAUGGAGACUCAGACUCAAUCCCCAUCCAAGAGGAGUGUGAUGAAACCAGCUGUCCGCCAAACUCGCCCCACCCAGCACCACUCCUGUCCUAGAAGGAGACUCACAGAGGCCCUACCGGACAGUCGUCAGCCUCUCAGUGUUGCCAGACAGUCUCGCGACAGAGCAUCAUGCCAUGCCCAUCGUUUGCCACUAACAAAGAUCCCCACCUCCACAUCCAGAGUGGCUGCCUCAUUAGAUAGACCUCGGCCAUCCUCAGUAGAGCCUCAAAGUUCCCCAGUAUUACAGAGACUCAUAGCAAAGGACGGUGGGUCAUGGAGCCCCGACAAGAGGUCCUCACUGCCACGGCACGCCUCUGUUCUGACUCGCCGUGGAUACCACGACCAGGAGGAGAGCUCCACCUCCAUCACAAGCUCUGGCUCCACAGCUCCUCGUAGACCCACAUCAUUUCACACAGAGAUGAGGGCAGAGCACAGGACAGGACGAGCCCCUAGUAUGACAGUUACAGAAACAGUGCGCUCCCGUUCAGCUCGCAGCGGCCACUCCACCCCCCGCACCCCUGGCUCCACAGCCAUCACCCCAGGAACCCCUCCCAGCUACUCAUCAUCCUCAAGGACCCCUGGUACCCCACGCUCCCUCAGCUUGAUUUCCCAGGAGAGGAAGGUGGCUGUAGUCCGCACCCCACCCAAGUCGCCUGCAACGACGCCCAAGCAGCUCCGCAUCAUCAACCAGCCGCUGCCUGACUUCAAGAACGUCAAGUCCAAGAUUGGCUCCACGGAGAAUAUCAAGUACCAGCCCAAAGGAGGACAGGUUCUCAUCCCCAGUGUUAAGCUGGACUAUAGCCAUGUUCAGUCUAGGUGUGGGUCCUUGGACAGGCGAGGCUACUCGGCAGGAGGUGGAAACGUCCUGAUACAGAACAAGAAGAUUGAUUUGAGCCAUGUGACCUCCAAGUGUGGCUCUCUAGACAACAUUCAUCAUCGACCAGGGGGUGGUAACGUGCGCAUAGAGACGGUGAAGUUGGACUUCAAAGACAAAGCCCAAGCCAAGGUGGGUUCCCUGGAUAAUGCUCACCACAUUCCUGGUGGAGGCCACGUCAUGAUCGAGAGCCAUCGGCUGACGUUUCGUGACCACGCCAAGGCACGAGUGGACCACGGAGCCGAGAUCAUCGUCCAGUCUCCGGGCCUGUCUGGCUUGGUGUCUCCCCAGCGCCAGCGCGACAGCCACCUGUCGUCUUCUGGCAGCCUCAACAUGAUGGAUUCGCCGCAGUUGGCAACCCUGGCUGAGGAUGUCACUGCGGCUCUGGCCAAGCAGGCAUACCCCUUCUCCGUGUGCCCCCUUCCCACCUCCUGCUCCACCCUGCAGCAACUGUAAAUGUAUCUAAAAGGUCAAGUAGAUGUAAGCAGUUUUUCUCCUGUUGAUAUGACAACAAAUUACAAUAAUUAAUGACAAUAAAAAUGACAAAAAGUGA